GGGAGAGACAGACAGAGAGACCCGUUUCUUCCCAUAUUCCAACGCCUACUGCGAGAACGGCACUACAACUCCUUCUCAUACUAACCCACAACUCACUGACAUACUUCCAUUCCACGUCGAGAUCGGUAAAUUUUAGUUCGUACCUCAACUGUAGACAAACAGACAAACGGACAAUGUGCAAUGUGUGUGGGAUGUCGAGGGACCGACUUCAAUCUGAAGAUGACCAUGGUCAAGGCUACGAGAUACUGAAGCCGAUGAAGCUGUCGCAUCGGGGUUGAGCCGCAGCUUCGGAGAGAUAGUGUUGUUCUGGGUUUCUUCCUAAGAACAACACAGGACAAAGAUAUUAUAGUACCUGAUUCAGUCGCACGUAAGUGUGAUGCAAGUGAUACAAGCAACGAUAGCAAGAUGAAGGUUGUUACAGAUCAUAUUAUCGUUUUGUUAGUGAUAAUAUUGCUAGGUAUAACGACAGUUUGUAAAGCAGAAUGCCAAACCCGUCAAAUCUACUGUUACGAAUGCGAUAGCUGGUCUGAUAUGCGAUGUAAGGACCCAUUCAACCAUACUGCACUUCCUAGGGACCAGCCGCCCUUGAUGACGUGCAACGGCUGCUGCGUCAAGAUGGUCAGGAACUCCAAGUCGCCGUACGAAGUGGUCCGGCGAACGUGCACAUCCCAACUCCAGAUCAACCUAUUCAUGGUCGAUCACGUGUGCAUGAUGGAAAGUAGCGGGACUGGUCACAUGUGCUUUUGCGAGGAGGACAUGUGCAACGGGGCGCCCAAGAUCCCCAACCCCACCACCACUACCAUUCUCCUUCCACCACUAGUGCUCGCUUCCUAUUGGCUGUUGAGCAUGGGCACUGCAGAAGGCAUGGGCAUGACCUUCAGGUAGACUCCCGCUCUCGCUAUAUCUCUAACUCUAACUCAGCUCGUCAGCUUCGGCUCUCUAGCCGGGGCGACAGUAGCGACAUCUGCAUUUCGUCAUCCCAUACUAACCACCACCAUCGUGUGUACAAUGCCAUCAUUCAACGAAUGGUAGUGCCGUAUAGGACAGGCAGUAUUUUUUGGAUUACGCACAAAACGUGGAGGUAUUUAAAGACGAGCCGUGUAAAAAGCGAAAAAACGGUAGUACCUAAAGCAUCGUUCUCACCAAAAACAACCAGACGACAACCCCACUUUAGAGUUGCGUUCUCACCGGAUGCAACUGCUAGCACAAAAAGUCCUCGUAGCCAGCUAUGGACUGUAUUUUGACGACCACAAAACACCCAGCUAUGCUUCUCAUCUGCGAAAUAAUUAGAAAUUUACUUUAAAAAGGUUAAUGUCCUUAGAUGGCGUUGUGAGCUUACAAAUGAGUACAGCCCCAUCUAUGAAACAUUAACAUUUAUGAAAGGUUUCUAAUCAUUGUACUUGAAAAAGGUUAAUUCACCUUGAAGUGCGUCGAAUGUUCGCGAACGCUCCCGAUCGCGUAAUUCUGGUUGCCUAAACGUCGUUGUUGCGAGGGCGUCUCAUCGAUGAAAAGUUCUAGAUCACGAGGACGGUACUGAUUUUUUUUUAUGCUGAAUCUCCGGCUUCCACUCACAGUUUUCUUGUGAAUAUUUGCACAACACGUCUUUGUGUUAUCGAUUUUACAUGUUAAUUUAAGCAUUAUAUAGAACGUUUCAUUUAUACUUUGAUGCUUUGCCAAUACAACUUAACGAAGGUAAUAUACUUCAGACGUAAUACAUUGCCGUCCAUUUUGAAAAAUUAAAAAUAGAAACGUAGAAAGUUUCUGAUUAACGUAAAACUUGAUAAUUGAAAAUGAGCUUGUAGCUUUUCAAAAUGAUUUUUUUUAGAGCUCCAAAUAGAGACAUACUUUUUUCUUGAAGUAAAUUGGUUUCAAAUAAUACAUUUGUAACACGUUUAUAACUCUUCUUUAUUUUAUAUAUAUUUCUAUAAAAUGUUAUGUAUAAAUUGUUUUUUAUAUUGUCACGACUGUGACGUGGGUCAGGUUGGCUCUGAUCUGAGCAGACUCGCUUGUAUGGAGGCUCAAAUAAUAACAUAAAAAAUAAAUUAUCAGUGUAUUAACAAAAACGCCGCGCAAACAAAAGUACAAUGAAACAAGUACCUACUUUUUGGCCCAGGAAGGUCCAGUCCCACGAAGAGAGAUUCGGCCCGAGUGAUCGCAGAGCAGGAAUAAUUCCACGUGUCGGCCCAUCCAGUUGUUUUUAAACCGAUAGAACCCAAGUCGGUGGCGAAUAAUACACCUUUGCAGGUUAUGCAUUAUUUGCCGUCGAUGUGCACAUUUCUCAGCGGAUGCGGUUUAGGGUAUCUAUCGAUCUAUGUGGCGCCUCAUGACGCGUGUACGGCGCUACAGGGUGAUCAUUCCUGCCAAUAUUUGCUUCGGAUAGGUUAUAAUAAAAGUAUUUUGUAUUGGUGAACAGUUUUAUUGAGUUCAAUUUACAAUUUCUAUCAUUUUCAUCAAUUCUGGAUAUUUCUUUUAUGUUUACAUUUAACAUCGGAUUUUGAAAUACAUUUGCCUGGCAUCUGCACUGACACAACUGGCGUAGAAUGCUCUUAAAUAAUUUUUGGUCAAUUUUAAUGACGCUGCGUUGAAAUUUUGGAAAAAUGGCCGAGUUCAUUAGACGGUUUAUAAUAAUGGUUUAAUAUAUUAUAACCCUGAUAUUCUUUUUUCUGUAAUUUAUAUGCAAUAAACUUUGCUAAAUUUUCUAAGCCAUUCCUAGCUCUUGAUCAUGUUCAAUUAUUUUUUCAACAUCAGAAUGAUUUUGAUCGGAAUGUUCAUUACCAUUGGGCAAUUUUAGACCUCGAACAUGUGUCCAGUAACAAUUUCAGACUCAUGUCAAAGUCCUUGAUACUGUUUACACUUGCAAUAGCAAUAUUUGGAACAUCCUCUUUAUUCGACCAGUAUUUGGUGAUCUGAAAAUAUUCUCAUCAUUUCGCCCUGUAUGAUAAUUUCUUAACCUAUAUUUAAACUGUAGAGCAGCUGUAUGAUCAUAUAUCCCUCCAAUUGCUCGUAUAGCGGAAAAACGGAACUAACCACAAAUUACGCGCUAAAGCGGCAUAAAAAACUGCAAGCGUCUCUGGAGAUUUUUGUCCAUUGAGCAGCUGGUCGGAUUGCCACCGCUUUGGCGAGAACGCCUGUAUUUGAAUACACGUGACGAGAAUUGCUUUCGAUGAGAACGAUCCCUUACAUGAUGUUCGCUUUUUACAUGAUUUGUCAUUACGAGCAGCUUGUCACGUUUUGUACCUGAUCCAGUAGUACUUUGAUGAAUUAUCCUGUAUAUGAGAAUUCGAAUGCUUCAAAUGUUCUGAAACUACUGCAAAUAUGUUCAAAAGACAUAAUUUUAACGCAAUUCGUUUAAGGAAAUUAUACAUGUAUGGUUUCAGAACAGUUUAAAGCACUGAAAUUUCAUACUCAAUUUUACUCUUUACUCCGCAUUGUAUUUUGUCAAACUUCUAGAUCCUAGUGAGUAGUUAUUGUAUGUAAAAAUUUUAACAAUGCUGAUUUUACAAAACUUAUCAUGCAUCGUACCAAUAAUACUAUGCUUUUUAAAUAUCUGAAACCCCAAGUAUAGCGUCAAAUAUUUUUUCAGGCAAAUACGAAUUAAACUAUUGAAUUUGAAAACAUAGACAUCUUAUUACGCAUUUUGCAGGUUAAUGUUAUUGUUUACAUAUAUAUUUUUGUCAUUUAUCGUGUAUACCUACAUUUAAAAAUACGUAAGUUAGAAUUUGCUCAUAAUUCUUAUCUUUGUUUACCAGCGUGACAGGGUAUGCGAAUUAAAUUUAUACUAUAUACCCGUAUUGUUUUUAUCUGUGAUUAAAAAUAACUACUAUAUUAUCAACAACUCUGUAUAAUUUAAACGUAAAGAAAAACAAAACAAUGCUCAGAGAUAUGCAGAGCCGCCAUACCUACGUCACUUUAUACAACGUGUUCGAAAAACAGACGGAGAAAUUUUAUAUUUUGUUAAAAAAUAUGAAAAAAAAUUUCUAUAAACAUGGAUCCCGAAAUGCAGAGAGUGAUAAAUAUAAAAAGAGUUAGUUUGUUGUAGUGUACUUUAUGUCAUGGUAUCUCUUGGAAAAGUUGCAAUAACACUCUUUCCUAGACUUUUUUUUGAUUUUUUGUUUUCCAAGGCACUUGUGAUUUUUUUAGCAAAAAGUAUUAAACCAAUGUUGUCCAGUGACAUGCAGUGAAACGGUUUUAUUUUUUUUCUCGAAAACGAAGUGGGAUUCGAAAAAAAUACAAGAGGCAAAGAAGUUGAAUUGUUAGAUGCUUAAUCAAACAACAAACAUUAAAGUUUGUACGACAUUUUAAACUUAACUAUUGAAACAACGUUCAUUAUUGACAACCAUCCACGAUUUGUUCACCUGCUUUGCGGUAACUAUUUAAGACAUUAAAGUCGGGCAAACGUUUGCUCAAUACGUAGGUUCACUACUCUUUGUACGAUCUGAGAAUGACAACGUCGCCUACUUUUCAUUGACAGCGAAAAUGACGUAGAUCUAGUGGUUCUGUGAUCUCACUCUUAUACGAUAACCAACACGAUACAAUCAAAUCAACGCCAAAGAUCAAACGAAAAAUUCACGAAGUCCAUUCAGAUCAGAUCACAACACAUAGCAUAUCAGCUUUGUUAAUUAUUAUACCGAAAGUUACUUGAAACUACAUCGCAUAUCAUGCUGCUUAGCAUUCCUAUAGGAUCAAUUAAAAACAUAAUAUUUGCCCAGAGAUUUCAAAGCUCAUACGAGGAACUGGAACGUUUUUCUAUAAAUUUCUGACCAGAGAAUGUCCAAUGUUAGAGGGCUGAUGGAAAAUUGAAAGUAUCAAAAAAAUAUCGACAUACAGAAUAUUUGCUACAUACGGUGUUUUAUUGUGAUUGUGUUAGAACUAAUAUAUUGAUUAAAUUUCUUGUUUCAAUCCUUUGUAACAAUUUUAACUUAAUAGGUAACAUAAAUGUGACAUUAAUUUCUUUCCUCUCUCACUUGUUUACAAAUUUAUUAUGCAAACCAUGUUUAAAAUAUAACUUUUUCGGCUAUUUUUUUGUUAUUUAAAUGCUUAUUUUUAUAUAUCAUUAGUUGUUUGUUUUUUCUUCCUAACAAUACAAGUUUUUCAAUAGACCCAUUUUCUUUUUGUUUUUUGCUUUGCGUCAUAUCUCGAGUAGACUAGACUACAAAUGUACUGAUGAUUGCUAAAAGGUACGAAACAACGGUGUAUUAUUAAAUAUAUAUAUAUAUAUAUAUAAAUUAGACUAAAUGUCCCAUUAUACUGAUAUUCAUUUCCCAUCAAGUCUAGUGUCAAAAUACCGUUCCAGUUCCUUGCGAAUUACAAGCAAUAAACUGAGGGUUAUAACAUCUACAAUGUUUGAGAAACAUGUAAAUUACCAACAUGUAUAGAAUAAUACAUCAACUCUUAGUUUACUUUUAUUUAGAAAGCGCAUGUCUUCUUACUGCACGAUUUCAAUCAUCUUAGAAAAAUUAAAAAUUACCAAUCAAAGAUGGCAUGGGGAUGAAAAUUUCACGCUGAUCUAGAGUUUUUCACAUUACAUCAAACUGUGUACAGGGUGUUACUAUUUUUGGCUGUAUAAUUGGUUACACAGAAAAAAUCUAGAAAUCAACCUAGAACCUACAAAAACGUAAUAUUACAAGUCUUAUUUCUGACAUACACCUUUACAUGUUAAAUAUUUCUGAAGAGUUCAAACACUGAUUUUAAAGAUGAGUAUGAAUGAGAAUAAAAAGGUUCAAAAACCCAUGCAAAGCUCUAGUUCUGCUUACCAGAAAAAGUAUAAUUUUCUUGGUCCAUUGCAAGUCGGAGUUCUGAACGUAGAUUUCCGCGAUAUGGAAUUAAUUUCAACUUCUCAUCAAAUUAAUUUUUAGGCGCCAAAUAUUGUUUUUCAAUUUUCCAAUAUAAUUGGUCUACCUAAAAGCACCCUGUACACAUAUAGUAAUGCAUGACUUAGUAACAUCUAGUCAGUAUUUGGAUAGAUCAAUUCUUCAGUCUUUCAAAACCAUAAAAUAAAUGGCUUCUUUUCACUUCAAAUACUGGCUGCGUUAUUUUCAUUAAAAUCAAAAUAAUUAAACAAUGAAGUGUUAAAAGAUAUUGCAUGAUUGGUAAAGUGUCUUGAUUUUAAAUAAUAAAAAACGAACUACUGGAUAGGUAUAUACAGGCAUAAAAAAAUCAUAUACUGAUAUAGUCCACGACAAACUUAUAGUGUCUAGCAUUUUUUAUCGAUCGUAAUAAAAACAAAAAAACCGAGAAGAGACUAUCAGUGUGUCGUGAACUAUAACUCAAAAACUUCUACAUUGACUUGAAAUAUACAUGUAUUGGAAUAUCAAUCUGUGAAAUGAUUUUUGAGUUACUUUCAGUAUUGCACUACCCUGUAUAUACAGCAGUCAUUUUUUUAUACUUGAGCCACCACUCAGUAUCAUAGGGUCAGAAUCAGGUCUUAUUAAAGUUGCAAAAUGUAAGACACGCGCCGUAGAGAUGAGAUCAAGCCAAUUUUCGAUCAGCAUUCGUUACAUAUUUUAAUGAAGAGUAUAAUUACGAAGAGCACCAUUGUUAGUUGAUUUGUAUAUAAUAUUGCACAUCAUUUAGAUUGUUAGAGUAAAUCGCAGCAUGAUCAGAUAACGGCUUUGAGCAAAAAAAAAUGAUAUGCAGGGCUACUAAGGAUGCAGAAACUAAUUCAGGCUCUUUCAGAGUAUGUAUGCAAUACCUGCAAGGAGGCAUCAUAGAAAACUGAAUUUUUAAUAACUGAAAUAGAUCGUUAUUUUUUCAAGCAUGAAACAGUUCAUCCUCGUUUCUCCGCUGGUGUGUUGAAAAAAAUAUGUAUUUAGAACUCGUACGUUGUCAGGGAACUCGUUUACAUUCUCGGUAUUUCCCGCCAAAGAAUCAGGCAAUUAGAUUCUAUUUGUAACGCGGACCUAUACUAAUGUAAAUUUUGCAUUUCCAAUUAAUAUUAGGCACUUCUGGAGUUUUGAGCAAUAAAAGACAGACAUCGAAAUACAUUUUGCCGCGUAAAAAAAGCCAUCGAUACGGGACGAGAGAGUGAAUGAAAUUUUACUAACUGGAAGUGUCUUUAAAAAAAUUAUGUCGUGCCUUUUUGGCGCCAAUUUACGUCUGUACAUACCCUGUCAGUUGCUCGACCAGAACAAAUUGCCGAUAGCAUCACAAAUAGAUACAUCAGGAAUAUAGUCGAAAUCACGAAAGAUGACGAUUGCGUCAUCAUUUUAGUUUGUGUUUGUAGUAAAGACAAACGACAGCGAUUUGUGAAUAUUUUUAAUGAAGUUUCAAAUAUGUUAGACAGAGACAAACAGAAUUUUAUUGUCUAAACAAACUGUAUUGCUAAUUUGCAUAUAUCCGACAAAGAUAGACGAUGUUUUCAUGUUGCAUGACGGAUCAUAUUUGAAAGAUGAAAAGUUAGGUUGUGUUAAAGCAGGUUAGAUUAAUUUCGAAUAAUACUUUGGUCUUUGGUGUUCCUGUUUUAAGGUAUUCUAUUCAUAACUGUUUUUUUUUUUCAAAAGAAAAACUAUCCACAGAAAUUAUUAUUAAGGUAUCACUCAAAACAAUGAAAUAAAAUGAAAAUAAAAAUAAUCAGUGAAAUAACCUAACUUCGCAAAAUCAUAAUAUAAAUUCAUGACAUCGUGAUUUUAUCAUCGACGUACGUCCAUUGAUUACUUCAGUACAAUUUAUGGUAUCACGUAAUAGUAAUCUUUCGUGAUUUUGACUAUAAAACAAUGCACUGAUGGGAUCCAGUGUUGAAUAAAAGAACACUUUUGAUGAGCUUAGAAGCCAUCUGUCAACCCAUUGUUGAAUAAAAAACUGCCCAAGAACGGAUUAAACUUAAAUAUUUGAAAGAUAUAUGUUUUGGGAGCAAAAUAUGGAAAUUCAUGGAUUUUUUUUUUAAAUAUUGAGUUCCUGUAGUACAUAAAGAAAGACAUGCCAAGUUUCUAUAAAACGAUGUCCAUAUCCUUCCAAAUAGUAACCAUGCAUUAUUGACUUGUACAGUAUCAUUCAGGGAUUACAAAAGAAAAAAGAUGCCUGUAUAUAAGAAAGCUCUUUUGGACAUUUUCUAUAGAGAAUUGUCAAAUAGCUUUUUGGUUUUGCUCACAUAUAAUGGGACGCUGUGCAAAUAUAAAUUAUUUGUUAGUCUAGCCCUGCAUAUCCAGUUUCAGAAUUUCCCAAUUUGUCAAAACUUGUCCCAGUUUAAUAUUAGAAAUUUGGAAGCUGAGGGUAAGUGAAUACACACUUAUUUAUUCAGGUGUGGUCAAUUUUUUGAAACAUUUCAUCAGCUUACUAAUGGUGAAAGACUAACAAUACAUAUAAAUUGAAAAAUAAACCUUUUCCACCUCCCAAAAGUAAACUAAGGCCAGUCCUCGCUAUUUACAUUUGUGUACAUUUAAUCCUGAGGUGUUUCUUCCCAGUGUACGGCACAGUGCUUAAUGGAACAUCAUUUCGCAAUGCGCUGUACAAAGAAACACCUCAGGUCAUUCCUUUAGACUUUAGUAGAUAUAUUGUAAAAAAAUGAAUACAUAUAUUAAAGAUGUGUUAUUACUAUAAAUUGUUAAAACUUAAGAUACUUUAAGCAAGAUGUAUCAUAACGAAUAAACGUUUACCUUGGCUGUUAAAUCUUUUUUAUCCCUUACAGAAUUUAAGGUUAUGUCGGUAUGUUUUUUUUUCGUUAGAUUGAAGUACGCACUGUUCAAUCUAUUUUCGUGCGAAUUUAAGGGAAUUAAAGUACAGACUCUCAUCUGGGAUGUUGCAAUACUGAUUAACAAUUUCAUGUAAACAAAUUCGAGCUUCGAAAAACGGUGAUAAACUUUUUGAGAGUAGUUCAAAGUGCACGUCGAAGUUAACAUAACCUGUACAGGAAAAACAAGAAGGAAAAGCGUUUGAGAUAGAUAGAAAAGCUGGAAAAGUUAUACUUACGGUUCAAUGUAUACGCCGAGGAGUGUGUUGGUUAAUUUUUGCACAGGCGCUUCAAAUAGCAACUUGCGUUCGUGCAUGGUGCAACACUUAUGCCAAGAUGCGGCAGGCAAAGGCAUUAAAAUGGACAGAGUGUUAGUAGUGUCAAAGUUCUCAAAAUAUGAAUUCGAGAGGAAAAAACACAAACACCUCAAUGAUAAAGAACUUGAAAAGCUGUUGAGGAAAAGAGGGACAAACUUUGACAAAUUGAUACACUUUCACAAUAUACACAAAAAGUUUGAGGAGAGGCUCUCGUCGACGCUUAGAGAGAUGGGCAUUCAGGUAGAAGUCGAGAAUAAAAUCAAAUACGGUGGUGAAAACGUAAAAAAAGCAGACGUCAUUAUACCAGCAGGAGGUGACGGGACGUUCCUAUUGGCUGCCAGCAGAGUAUUGGACAAUGUCAAACCAGUGGUGGGGUUUAACUCAGACCCAAAUAGGUCAGAGGGGUAUCUGUGUCUGCCUAAACGGUAUACAGAAAAUAUCAGGGAGGCUAUCGAACGAUUACAGAAGGGAAAUUUCAGUUGGCUUAUGAGAAGCAGGAUAAGAACAACGUAUAUGGCAUGUGAAGAUGAUAAUCUAAAACCAACUUUUCUUCAUGAUACGUCAGGUCAAAAUGAGAAUGGAAUUCCACCGUUUCCAGCAAAAUGUGAUAAAGGCCCCAAUGUCCUGCCUGUGUUAGCUUUAAACGAGGUAUUCAUGGGCGAGACAGUGUCAGCGCGCGUUUCCCACUUACAGAUGCGAUUCAACGGCAGUCACACGUCAUACACAAACCUGAAAUGCAGCGGUUUGUGCGUGGCCACAGGCACCGGGUCCACGUCGUGGCAUCUGAGCAUCAAUAGGCUGCCCGCUCAAAGCGUGGCGGAGUUACUGAGACUGUUAGAGAUAGAUUCAAGCGACGCACCAGGAAGCUUGGCUUCCACGUUUGCAGAGAUUUACAACAGGAAUUUGGUGUUCGCCCCCGACGACAAGGGGAUGGCGUACACGAUCCGCGACCUGAUUUCAGCCACCGUGUGGCCACAGCCUAAAGGCAUCAAACCACGUGGCUUCGUCAAGCAAAUGGAGAUCACCUCACACUGUAUAGACGCUUCCUUGGUCAUAGACGGCGGCGUUUCGUUCAAAUUUAACGACGGCACUGUCGCGCUCUUGGAAAUACUGCCCGAAGACGCGCUUAGAACUGUGAUACUUAGGGAUUGAUGAUAUAUUCACUUCGAAGUCGAAUCUCAUUUACGCCGCAAUAAAACAAACGCGCACGUAUCUCAAAUCUUAUUGGCCACUCAACGACAUACGAAUAGAGACACGAAAUUUUAUUGAUUGAGAUUGGUCGUGUUUGUUUCGAUCCAGCGUAAAUGAGGUUUCAAUAAUUUAUAGCUGCAAAGACUGUAGCUUUUGGGGCAAUCAUCGGUUAUGAGAGUGAUACUUUUCACUUUAGAAUUCUAAGAAAUUUCAUACUGAUAACACUUGAUCUUUAUCAUCUGUUUCAUCAGCCUGAAGGUCCUUAAGACUUAAAAAGAAAACAUAACCUCACAAUAAGAGAGCGCUGACGCUGACACGGAACAGUAGAAAUCUAGAAAUACCCCAGCCUUUCUGAAGUACAGAAAAUACUCUGAAACUCAAGGAGGGCUUAAAGGCGUCCUACAAUUGUAGGAACGGCUGGCGAUACGACCGUUGGUCAUUUCACGGAAAGUAUCGAUCUCUUAAUUUCAUGGCGUUAAAUUCCAGAUCAACAACGUUGCUGAACCAUUUCCAGGCAAAUUUACAUAUUGAUUCAACAUAUGGAUGAGAAUUCUAAGAGAUGUCAGAGACAAAUAUUUAAUAGUUACAGUUAUCACUUAUUACUAUAUAGGACUAUUUUAGAAUAUACGAUAGAUAGGAGAACAAAUGGAUAUUUAAUGAGACUAUUGUUAGAAUGUGAAAAUUACUACUUAAAGAAUAAGGCAAUGUUGAUAUAUUCCAUUUCGAAAUGCAUAAGCUUUUAUGUAUGAUAUAAUAAAGGAAUUUUUCGUUUAUUGUAAAAUAUAAUUUACCUUACCUGUAUCCACACAAAAAUAUAGCCUCAUCC